GUGAUAAGCUGCAGUGGUUUCCAGAGCCAGCUGGACUCUGAGAAGACAGAGUUCACCAAACAGGAUGCCUGUCACAUCAUAGAGAGCAAACAGGACUCCUGUCACAUAGAGAGGUCAGUACCCGUGUCUAUAUUCACCAAACAGGACACCUGUCACAUAGAGAGGUCAGUACCCGUGUCUAUAUUCACCAAACAGGACACCUGUCACAUAGAGAGGUCAGUACCCGUGUCUAUAUUCACCAAACAGGACACCUGUCACAUAGAGAGGUCAGUACCCGUGUCUAUAUUCACCAAACAGGACACCUGUCACAUAGAGAGGUCAGUACCCGUGUCUAUAUUCACCAAACAGGACACCUGUCACAUCAUAGAGAGGUACCUGCAGAGGUUUGACGGGGAGUUGGACCAGAUAGAGCUGGUGAACGGGAUCAAAGGUCGUCAGGGUCGUCUCCAUGGCAGCAGGGAGACCGUCAUCAAACAGACUGUUGAGCGAGAGACCGCUCUGUACCAUGGCAACGGCUUCGAGAUUCCAGACAUCAUCAACUCUAAACAUCUCAAGACCUUCAGGGAGUGGAGCGGCGAUCUAAAGAAGCUUCCCAACAUCAAGAUGAGGAAGUUCUCUUCCCGAGGGACGGACAGAACAGGAGGAGGAGAGGAGGAGGAGGAGACCGCUGGAGGAGAGGAGGAGGAGGGGACCGCCGGAGGAGAGGAGGAGGAGACCGCUGGAGGAGAGGAGGAGGAGGAAGAGACCGCUGGAGGAGAGGAGGAGGAGGGGACCGCCGGAGGAGAGGAGGAGGAGGCCUUAAUGAAGGACUCAGAUUCAGACGCCCAGGAAGAUGCCCCAUAAUGCUUUGCAUGUUAGAACUCUGGGGGUGUCAGCCAUCCUACCUGAUUGGGGUUAAGACAACCUGUGUGUGUGUGUGUGUGUGUGUGUGUGUGUGUGUGUGUGUGUGUGUGUGUGUGUGUGUGUGUGUGUGUGUGUGUGUGUGUGUGUGUGUGUGUGUGUGUGUGUGUG